UCUCCCAGAGAAAGACAAUUAGCACAGGGAGACAUUUCUUUUUUCAAAGUGACUUAUACAGAAUAAGCAGAAAGAAUAUGAAAAUUAUUCUGGUAUUACUUUUCAUGAUUUCUCUAGUAAUUUCAGCUAGACUAGAUGAUUAUAUUUACUUGGAAUCUGCAACUCCUGAGCCUAAACCAAGAUUUGCUAUGUCUGAUGAUGUGCAUUUGCUAGCCACUGGACUACUCCAGCUUGGGCGUGGCCUUCAAGACUUUGUGAUCAAAACCAAGAGCCAAAUGGAUGACAUCUUUCAAAGGCUUAACAUUUUUGAUGAAUCCUUUUCUGAGAUCUCACAACAAACUAGUGAAAUGAAAGAAGAAGAAGAACAAUUAAAAAAAGCCACUACUAGACUGCAAGCAACUAAUGAAGAGAUGAGAAAUCUAUCUUUGCGGCUUAAUUCCAAAAUAGAAGUCCUUUCCAUGGAGAAGAUUCAACUUAAGAACAAAGUAGGGAAGCUUGAAGAAAAAAUAACUAAAUUGGUUCAGACCCAGCUUGAAAUUCAUGAGUCAGAAGAAAUUGCAUCACUUAAAAAUUUUGUUGAACAGCAAGAUAACCAUCUCAGACAACUUCUCAAAAUUGUUCAACUGCAACAUGCUCAGCUCAUAAAACAGCAAGAGCAAAUACUGGACCUGGAAGAAAAGAUAAGCAACCCUGGUUUUCAAAAUGACUCACAAAUAUUUUCUCUGAAGGAAGAUGACAGGAAUCCUAACCUUAAAAAAACAGCUAAAAAUAGCAGUUCUAGAGGUAAUGCUACUGAUUGUACCUGGAUUUACAACAUGGGGGAAAGAUCUAAUGGGAUUUAUUCUAUUAAGCCCAAUGGAUCCAAGGCAUUUAAUGUUUAUUGUGAAAUGGAAGGAGAAAACUCAUGGACAAUUAUUCAGAAGAGAUCUGAUGGAUCAACAGAUUUCAACCAAACGUGGGAGAGUUAUAUAGAUGGGUUUGGUAAUCUUGAUGGAGAAUUUUGGCUGGGCCUUCGUAAGAUCUAUUCCAUCGUAGACCAAGCUGACUACAUUCUACGUAUUGAGCUUGAAGAUUGGAGAGCUAACAAACGUCAUAUUGAGUAUACAUUCCAAAUGGGAGGUCCAGAAAGCGAUUAUGCAGUCUUUCUCUCUAGGAUUACUGGGAAUAUUCCAAAUGCUCUGCCUGAACAGAAAGAGAUUAAAUUUUCUACAAAAGAUCAUGGCAACAACACUGAAAGAAAGCUUAACUGUCCAGAAAGCAACUCAGGUGGCUGGUGGUACAGUGUAUGUGAAGAAACGAACUUGAAUGGAAAGUACGUCAGGCCAAGUUCAAAAGGAAAACUACGGAGGAACAAGCGAGGACUGUACUGGAAGCCUCAGAAAGGAAAAUCUUAUCUUCUCAAGUCAACCAAACUGAUGAUACAUCCUACAGACUUUGAAACAUUUCACUGAACAUCAUCAUUCAAAGCUUACAUAAUAAAUCACAAGCUACUUCAGUCCGAAUCCAGUGACAGCCCUUUCUGGCGCUCAGAGAAAAGCAGAUUAAGGAUGUAAUCAAACCAUAAUAAUAUUCUUUAUUUGGAUAUAUAUCUCAGUGUGCUUUGUCCUGCUGUAGAUGCUCAAGAAAUAAGCAGAGUUUUGCUGUUAGACAAGGACAAUUUUCUUUGAGGGCUAUUUCAGCUGAGCCUUUCUUAGCAUCAAUGCUCAAGAAAGGGAGGAAAAAUGGAAAUACCUUAGAGAGGCAAGGGGAAUUGCCAUUGUUUCACUUCUGUGAAGUGUGGAAUGGAAAAAAAAUGUUUUGUUUCACAGAAGGAUUAGGAAGAAAGUGCCAUCAGAUAAGGGAUCACCAUAUUCAUUUUUGCCAAAGAUAGGAAUGGAAUCCAUUCACUUCUAUGGCCGAGAUCAAACAGUCUGUUUUCAAACAGAUGUGGAAAAAAAAACUUGCCACCAGGGAUCUUCAAGCUUUAGUCAGAGGGGAAGAUUUUUCUCCUCUGUUUAGUUUAAUGCUUUAUUCCAGUUCUAUAAAACAAAAUGUGGGCUGAAGUUGAGAACAGGAGUCUGCAACUUCUUUGCAUCUAAGAGCCACAGAGGGAAUGCGUCUUUUGAGCCUUGUGGAGUUCUUUAACAAAACAAAAUAGGAGUGUGAAGUUUAGUGGAUACUUAACAUACCUAUUUUCUUCACGUUAAAAAACAAAUGAAAGUGUUGCAUACAUGGUCUGGGCAAAGAUUCCAGAGACUGGGGUUGGCUGUAUGUGGAAUAUGGACCAUGGAUUUUCCAGCCCUUGUUAAGCAGGAAGCAAAAGAGAUGCCUAAAAGCAGAAGUCAGUUGAGGGGAAAUAGGCAGGUUCUGUUGCUCUUAGCUAUGCAGCUCUGUUCAUAACCUGCCUAUAUCCCCCCAAUCCAAGCAAAACCUUCCACUGAAAUGAAUUAUAUAAAAUAAAUGAGCCUCAUGUUCAAAAAGUUCAGGUAGGACAUAAAAGCUGAUCCAAUCUCACUGGGACUGCACAGCAUUGCAAAGUGCACCCCUUUAUUUCCUCUAUAUACAGCAGCCUUCCCUAGCCUUGUGUUCUCCAUCUGUGGUGUCUACAUGUAUUAGGUCUAUGUAUUGACUAAGUUGACUGGCAAUAUGUCUAUGUCACAUUGUCUGCCAUAUUAAAAAUUUUCACUGUGUGCACAACGUCCCUCCUCACUUUCAUAGCAAUUCCAGUUUCUUUUGUGAUAAUGGCUUCUUAAAACUGGCUGUGACUAAGAAUAUUUUCACAUCUGUAACCUCAAGUAAUUCCUUGUUAUUUCAAAAUUGUAGAUGAUAAAUGAUUUAGAUCACAACACAGAUCACUACAUUAUGGUGCAGAAUGCUUAACUUGCUUUAUGGAUAUUUUUUGUUGACUGUUUUGUAAACUGUCAUUAAUCUGUAAGUGAUUUGGUGGUAUACAAGCGGAGUGAAUGAAGAAAUGAAUAAGCAGGCUUGUUGCUAAAAUAAAACAUGUAUUCAUUUCAAAACUUACUCCCAAAUAUGAGGAUAAAUGAAGUCACUAUCUCAAAUAUACAAAUCCUACUAUACAAUUGGAAGUAUACAAAAUUUGAAUCAGAGUAUCAUGCUUACGACACUAAGAUACAGUAUUUUGAUGCCAUCCUCUGUAUAGUCCUCUACACAUAUAUCAAUAUACAGUAUCUUAUCUCAAUUGAUAUUAAUAACAGUAUUAAGCAUUUAGAUUUAGGCCUGUGACAAAUUAAUUUAUGAAAUAGUUCUAGGAGAAAUUGUUUCAUGACAUCAAGCAAAAAAAGCCAACUACUGGUACUUUUGAUAAACAAAUCAAAUAAACUACAAUGUAUUUUGAAAACAAACUGAUGGUUUAUAAAACCAUGAAAAUUACUUGUUAAAGUGGAAAAACAACCCUUAGAUUUACAUCAGCAAUUUUGUUUUAAUCAGUGGACCAUCAGAUGGAUAAAAACAGUACACCCCAUCUAAAUACUUUUGUUCUAAUAUAUGCCAACAACAUAUUAAAUGUGUACAUUAAUGAAAGAAAAACUACGUUAAUGGACAAUCGUAAGACAUAUACAUUUCAUGCUUGUAGUUCAAAUCUGCACAGAAGUGCCUUUUGAGUAUGAAUCUCCUUUUUUAGACUGAGUUAUUAGAGUUAUACUUGGGAAAUUACACUAUAAGGUUGUGUAUUAUCUAAUUAAAAUUCUGUACCCAUUUGAAUCAUUUUAAUAGUUCAAUAAAAGUCUGUAGAGCUAUAUUUUACUUGUACCAUCUUUCAGUUU